AUGAAGUGCCCCCUCUCCCCCCUCUUGCUCCUCCUUCUGGCGACCACCACCUCCCUCGCCCUAGCCCACGGCGAUGACAACGAACACGCGACCGUGAUCGAGGGGGACGCGACCUAUACCGAAUUGCACAUGGCUCAAGAGGUACGUGCGCUCGCGUGUCCCCCCACGGAGCCAAGACGGUGUUGAACAAUUCUUCGGGGUUCGUACACAGCAUCAUAUGGAUUCGUUCGAUCUCCAAUCUUUCUUUCAUCUGCACGAUUUGAACCGGUCAGUUGUCUUGUCCUGAGCCGUGGCGUCAAGGCACCGCGGCCCGCACACCCCUGUAUUACGCGUGGGCGCGCGCCCCAACGAGUGCAAGCCACGCGGCUCGACGUGAUUGAACUUGUCGCUCACUCGGCUGAACGACUGGCCGCACCACCUCCUCCCGUCCGCUCCCCCAACAGCGACGGCAUCCUCGACGUCAACGAACUCGAAUCCAUCUACGGCGUACACCACGAAAAAGCCAAAAAGGGCUCUUCCUCCGUCGAGGUCCACACCGCCAAAGCGAAAGAGAUCGUACAAGAGGUCUUGAACAAGUUGGAUACCGAUCGCGAUGGUUAUCUGACCAUGAGGGAAUUCGUCGCCGGUGGCGUAGGCGGUUUACCGAAUUUCAAAGGCGUCGAACAUUUGGGGCAUCAUUAUGGUCGGUCAAGGCCAGGGCCCCGGGCGCGUAACGAUAGCGGGGAGAGUGGGGCGAUUGCUGAUGAGAAUUUGAGCCUGAUUCGGUCGCGCAGAUGCCGAGGGGGAAUACUUUUUACAGUCAGUCUUUUUCGAGAUGCGCUUCAUUGAGAGAGAGAAGAACGCUGAGAGAGACGUGAACGCUGAUCGUUCGUUUGUCCUUGUGCUCUCCCAGCCACGAGGAAAAGUACCACAACACGCCCGAGACCCAAGGCGAGGAGAGUUAUAUUCAUCCAGAGGGUACGUUUCCUUCUCGAAGCACGAAGCGGUUUUUAGGAUCCCAACUCUUAUUCGGACCUCAACCCUUCUUCGGAUCUCAAACCCAACCCGAACAGACAUUGAACACUUUAUGGCGCACGACCAAAUCGAAAAAGAAGAGAACGAACGCGUGCUCGAAUUCCAAGGCGUCUCCUCCGACAACAAGGACUCGAUCCAUUCGCCCGACCGCGAGCCCGUCAAGAUGGACAUCUUGAUGGACAAUUCCGAAAAGGACAUCGAGAAGGAACAUCAGAGGUUGUUGGCUAAACAGGGUGCGCAAGCAGGGUCCGCACCGGGGGGUCAGAUCCCUAUCGUUGCUCCUAGGAGGAAAAAGAUCCCUACCUCUGGUGAGAUCCCUACCCCUGGUCAGCCGUCGACGGGGAGUGCUGGAUCUGGAACGGGGGAGAAGUCGGUCCCUGUUGAAGGCUCGGCAACGAACAAGCACGACGCCGAUGCCAAGGAUGUUUCACCGGAAGAGAAGAAACGCCGCGAACGAGCCGAAUUCGCUCGUGCGCAAGCGCAAAAGUUUGGAAGGGAUGCCAAAGAGGCGGGCCGGAGAGGGGAAUGGGGCACCGCGGGAGAUGAAGGGGGUCAGUUUGGGAGGCCUAAAGAUGGGGCCGAUCGUUUGAGGAAGAACGUGCCGUACAAGUUCAAGAUGAAGAAGUCGUUUUGGGGAGAGUUUUAG